CCAGCCGGCUUGGAAGGAGAAGGAAGAACGCCGGAGACGAGGAGAAGCGAAGGCGGCGAGAGAGCGCUGCGCGAGGCUGGAGGAGGAGGAGGAGGAGGAGGAGGAGAAGGAGGCGCCUUGCCUUACUUUGGGCUGGCACCUUUGGAGGGUCCCGGAGUUUUUCCUCCUCGCCGCCUCUUCUGCUUCCUCCGCCUCGCUCGGGCAGCCGAGGAGAAGCUCCGCCGACGGAUGCCGCCGCUGUUGCUGCUGCUCCAGGGUCUCCGCGCCGGCAGCUGGAAAAAUAAUGGCAAGGAAUUGAAGAAGAACUAACAAGCAGGAGAAGGAGAGCCCAGCCCGGCGAGAGGAAGGAAGGAAGGGGAGGAGAGGAGAAGAGGAGGGGGGGGAGAAACCAGCAGCCCCAGACCUCGCGCGACCUCUGCGGCAGCAGGGACUGGCCCCGGGAAGCUUCUCCGGCCGGUCCACCCCAUCCCUUCGCCUCCUUCCUGCUCUCCCCUCUGUUCGUGGACUCUGCCACCGUCGCCCGGCUAAACUUUCCCUCUGCUCCCCUUUCGCCGAAAGAGCGGCGGCGUCGGCGGCGCAAGCGAGCGGCUCCGAUCCUUUGCCCUCUCUCCGAAGGAGACAAUCUAGACCCUUUUCUCUUUAGCCAAGCCAGAUAGACAGACCGACCCAGGGCAGGAAGACGGAGACAGCCGGGCAGAGGCGCAGGAAGGCUCCUUCUUCCAAGACUAGCAAGACGCAGCUGGCGACGAAGCGCCGGGGCGCGCUUUCCCCUUCUUCGCAGGGGCCAUGGCCUCUAGCCUGGCGCCCUCUGCCUGGAUUCCUCGCUGACUCGCUUAUGCUCGCUUCUCACGACCGGCCAGCCCUGUCCUCUCCUCUUUGGCCCUCGGUCGUCUGGCGCUUCCUCCGGGCCGGCCCCCUCUGCCCAGCGGAGGAGGGAGUCGGGGCAGGCUCCGAGCGGCUGUUGCGAAGCCCCCUCGCAGGCGAGAGAGAGGAAGAAGAAGAAGAAGACGAGGAGGAAAAAGACGCGGCGGCGGCGGCGGGCUGUGUUGCAUGAGUUUCCCCAUGAGAGAACCCGUGGUUCCUGGGACCAGCAUGGCUUAUCACCCCUUUCUAUCUCACCGGGCGCCGGACUUCCCCAUGAGCGCCGUCUUGGGACACCAGCCUCACUUCUUCCCGGCUUUGGCCUUGCCCCCCAACGGGGCUGCUGCGCUUUCUCUGCCCGGAGCUUUAGCCAAGCCGAUCAUGGAUCAACUGGUCGGGGCGGCGGAUUCCGGCCUCCCUUUUCCCACCUUGGGACACCAAGCCGCGGCUCACUUGCGGCCUUUGAAAACGCUGGAGCCGGAAGAAGAGGUGGAGGACGACCCCAAAGUCCACCUGGAAGCCAAGGAGCUUUGGGAGCAGUUUCACAAGCGGGGGACCGAGAUGGUGAUCACCAAAUCGGGAAGGAGAAUGUUCCCACCUUUUAAAGUGAGGUGCACGGGUCUGGAUAAAAAGGCGAAAUACAUUUUAUUGAUGGACAUUGUAGCAGCAGAUGACUGUAGAUAUAAAUUCCAUAAUUCGCGGUGGAUGGUGGCUGGCAAAGCUGAUCCCGAAAUGCCAAAACGAAUGUACAUCCAUCCAGAUAGCCCCGCAACAGGCGAGCAGUGGAUGUCGAAAGUGGUCACGUUCCACAAACUGAAACUGACUAAUAACAUAUCGGACAAACACGGAUUUACCAUCUUAAACUCUAUGCACAAGUACCAGCCUCGGUUCCACAUUGUCCGAGCCAACGAUAUCCUGAAGCUCCCCUACAGCACAUUUCGCACUUAUGUCUUUCCGGAAACGGAAUUCAUUGCUGUAACAGCCUAUCAGAACGACAAGAUCACCCAGUUAAAAAUCGACAACAAUCCUUUCGCCAAAGGCUUCCGAGACACAGGGAAUGGAAGGCGAGAAAAAAGAAAGCAACUGACUCUUCAGUCCAUGAGAGUUUAUGAUGAGAGGCAGAAAAAAGAGACUUCGGAUGAAUCUUCCAGCGAGCAGAUGGCUUUUAAAUGUUUUGCUCAGUCAACCUCUCCCGCUGUGUCUGCUGUGGGUACCUCUAAUCUUAAAGACCUGUGUCCCAGCGAUGGGGAAAGCGACUCAGAAAGCAAAGAGGAUCCCAUGGAAGCCAAUGAAGUCGGGAAGAUCUCUACCACCACAGCCAACAUCGCCCCCAACAGCAGUUCCUCCUUGGGAGCAGGAGAUGGGGCAGAGCCUCCUCGCGAAGGGGGGAAGAGCAGCCCUUCCAAGGCUCCCCCUUUUCUGCCGGACUCCGCCAGCAGCAGUAGCAGCAGCCGGGAGAGCGUGGCUAAAGUGCCUCCGGAUUCCCAGCAUAGUCCAGCCACCAUCUCUUCCAGCACCCGGCAUUUGGGCUGUGGUGGAGAAGAACUCAAGAACCCACCCCAGGAGGAAUGCAGGAUCCUGAACAAAGAACCCUUCACGCCCCUAACCAUUCAGACUGACGGCCCUGGGCACCUGGCCCAGAGCCACCUGUCCAACCUCACCUUUCCCCACACCUUGGCCAGCCAGCAGUUCUUCAACCCCCUGAGCAACGGGCAUCCCUUCCUCCUCCAUCCUAGCCAGUUCACCAUGGGUGGGGCUUUCUCAGGCAUGGCUGGCAUGGGACCUCUGUUGGCCACAGUCUCCGGGGCGUCUGCCGGAGUUACCGGACUAGACAACACGGCGAUGGCCACAGCAGCUGCUACCCAGGGAUUAAGUGGUGUUUCAGCAGCAGCUGCUGCAGCAGCCUUGCCCUUCCAUUUUCAACAGCACGUCCUGGCUUCCCAGAGCCUGGCUAUGUCUCCCUUCGGCGGCCUCUUCCCCUACCCCUACACUUACAUGGCGGCGGCGGCAGCGGCUGCCUCCACGGCGGCCUCCAGCCCGAUGCACCGGCCCCCGCCUUUCCUGAACACCGUGCGCCCUCGCCUGCGCUACAGCCCCUACGCGCUCUCGGUGCCUCUGCCGGACAGCAGCGGCAGCAGCUUGCUCACCACCGCCCUGCCGCCUUGCCUGGGCGGCGGGGCGGAAGGCAAAGCCGGAGCUUUGGCGCCCAGCCCCGGCUUGGGAACGCUGGAGUCCUCCUCCGGGUCCGAGCUGAACAGUCGCUCCUCCACCCUCUCCUCCUCCGGGUCGGACAAGGAGGCCACCAGCGAGCUGCAGAACAUCCAGCGCCUAGUGAGUGGACUGGAGCCGAAGCAAGACAGAGCCAGGAGUGGGUCGCCCUAGGGGGGGGCGAGGGGGGAGCGCCCUCUCCCUCCCCCUCCAGUAUGGGGGGGGGCUGGGCACUUCCAGUUUCCCCCCCCCCACGCCUUAUGGGCCCACCAGGCCUCUCCAACAUGGGGAGUGGACGUGGGGCUGGGGUCCCGGUGGGGAGGGAAGCGGUGGGUGGGAGGGCCCGGAGAGCUGACCUGUGUGGGUGCGUGGGAAGCCUGUGCUACUGGUAGCUGCUAUUAACCACUGUUUGGUCCACUGGAGGCAGGUGUGAAUUCUGGGUGGGUGGGGGGGGGUCAGUUCUAUUGGUCCUCUCCCUUUUCCCCCACCCCACGUUCCUUCCUAUUUUUUUUUCUUUUCUUUCGUUUUUUUUCUCUCUUUUGUUCCUGCCUCCCCUUAAAGAUCAAAACAGAGAAAUGCAGACCCCUCUUUUGGGGACCCCAUGGAGAAUCGGCUUUUUUUUUUUUUUUUUUUUUGCAUAGCAGUUCCUUCGAAAA